AUGGCCAUGCUGCAUUGCGAAAAUAUCCUUGUCAACGGCUACAAGUUCAACUUGCAGACACUCAAAGGGCCGCAUUCGGUUGUCACUUCUAAAUACGACUCGGAGACCCAUACCUACCAUAAUACGACGUACACUCUGGAUGUGUGCCAGCCUUUGAAGAAGAGCAGCAAGAGCAAAUCCAAGGACCAGUGUCCUAACGGCACUAGAGUGUGUGCUAUUUCGCGAUUCAUCCAAGACGAUAUUGACCGGGUCGAGACGAUUACUGCCAUCGCUGGAGCAUUGGAGAAUUCGGGCGGAACUCAAUUUGAGUAUGAGGCCACAAGACUAAACGGCAGCGACUCAAACAGCGAUUCGAAAAAGGAGGGUCUGCGGCUGCUGCUCAAGGGUGGCAAGCAUCCUCUUACGGGAAAGGACGGCCGCGAACAGAGAGCUAUUGUCGAGUUCCUGUGCGACCCGGACAAGGAGGGCACUGAGGGUGAAUGGGAGGAGUCCGAGGACAAGUACUCCAAGCUUCGUCGCCGUGAAGACAAGGAAGGCGAUGGCGAGAAAGAUGGGUCGUUUGCGGAGCAUCAGCUGAAGAAUGACAAGGCUGCGCUGAUCUGGGAGAGCUACGGGCCAGAAAAGGACGCUGAUGUUUUGCGACUUACUUGGCAUACAAAGCAUGCUUGCGAGAAGCGAGGUGGAAACGGUGACGAUAACAAGGGCGAUGGUGGGAACAGCAGCGCUUCUUGGGGCUUCUUCACCUGGCUUGUCAUUGUUGCCUUUUUGGGCAUCGCCGCAUAUCUAAUCUUUGGUUCCUGGCUCAACUAUAACCGAUACGGCGCUCGAGGCUGGGAUCUGAUUCCUCAUGGCGACACGCUCCGGGAUGUGCCGUACCUGCUGAAGGAUUGGACAAGACGUGUGUUGAAUACCGUCCAAGGCACAGGAAGCCGCGGAGGGUACAGCGCCGUCUAG